GGUGCGAGAGAGAUGAGAAUGAACCAGGAGACAAGAACUUGCCCCGUGUUCUGGCCAAUGGUUCCAUGCAGAGCCGGACCUGAAAUGGGCCCUUUCAAAUGUUUCAUAAGCAUGGGGUCAAGCCUAGCUCUGGUUCCAUGCGAUGCUAAAAAAUGCGAGAAGAUGUGUCUUGACUUUUACAGUACACCGGUGUCCUCUUACUGUGAUAAACCCGGAGCCCCAAACGCUCAAUGUGCAUGUCUUCUUACAGACUGUUGAUAAUGCUAAAAAUCAUCUGUUGAUCCAUUAAUAGGCAUUAUCGUGUAUUUAUGUAACCCAAAAAUAAGUUAUACAAAAACCGGUAAUUAGUCUGUCUUUCUAACAUACGUAGAUGCGCAUGCAUUCUA